ACACUAGUGUGUUUUGCAAAUCCAGUUGCCGUGGCGUUGCAUCAGAUAAAAAAAUAAUUAAUUUCUUUCAUUGUAAUUAAAAUUACUAUAUAACAUCUUACUCUAACAUGCCGACUCUUGGGGUAAAGCGAGAUGAACUCUUCAAAGCGUUAAAUAAAGAAUAUACCGAAGAUGAAUUCCAAGACUUGUGUUUUGCUUUCGGAUUAGAGUUGGAUGAGGUUACGUCUGAAAAAGAGAUUAUUAGUAGAGAACAGGGUGAUGAUAAGGCAAAAGAUGCAUCUGAUGAUGUAAUUUACAAAAUUGACGUGCCAGCUAAUAGAUAUGAUCUUCUCUGCAUGGAAGGCUUAACCAGAGGCCUUCUUGUAUUUCAAAACAAAAUGAUUGCUCCAAAAUACAAAGCUAUCAAUCCCGGUAAAGAAAAUAUCCAUAAGCUUCUGAUCCAACCAUCGACUUCACAAGUCCGACCUUUUGCAGUAUCUGCUAUUCUUCGCAAUAUAACUUUUACGAAAGAAUCUUAUCAAAGCUUCAUAGAUCUUCAGGACAAAUUGCAUAGAAACAUUUGUCGAGUGCGCUCUCUAGUAGCUAUUGGUACACAUGACUUGGAUACAAUUCAAGGACCCUUCACUUACAAUGCAAAGAAGCCCGAAGAUAUAAAAUUCAAACCAUUGGGUCAUGAUCAAGAGUAUACAGCUACGAAAAUGAUGGAAAUUUUUGAAAAAACGCAUUUAAGACCAUAUUUAUCAAUUAUACGAGACAAGCCUGUUUACCCUGUUAUCUAUGAUAAAAAUGGGGUUGUGCUGUCGAUGCCUCCAAUUAUAAACGGGGAGCAUUCGAAGAUUACCUUAAAUACAAAGAAUGUUUUUAUCGAGAGUACAGCUACUGAUUUAAAUAAAGCUACUAUUGUUCUUGAUACUAUAAUAACAAUGUUUAGCGAACACUGCAAAGAACAAUUUGUAUGUGAGAAUGUUGAAGUUGUUUAUCCUGAUGGAAAAAGUUAUCUUUAUCCUGAAUUAUCUUACAGAAAGGAGAGAGUAUCUACUGCUGAAAUCAACAAAUCAUUGGGAAUACAGGCAGAUUCAGAUAAAAUCGCCAAGUUAUUGACAAAAAUGUCAUUAACGUCUACUCUGGUAGAUGACGGCAAAACAGUGGAAGUUGAGUUUCCACUUAAUAAGAUAACCGAUAAGCUAAGAAUAGAAAUUGCCGCAGCUGGGUUCACUGAAGCUCUUACCUUUUCAUUGUGCUCUAGAGAAGAUAUAUCUACGGGAUUGAGACAGGAAUUAGGAUUAAAAAAUGCGGUUCAUAUUUCCAAUCCGGCAACUUUUGAAUUUCAAGUAGCCAGAACAACACUACUACCUGGGCUAUUAAAGUCUAUAUUCCAUAAUAAUAUGAUGCCACUCCCUCUGAAGCUCUUUGAUAUCUCAGAUGUUGUUGUAAAAGAUGAUACAGCAGAGGUAGGAGCUAGAAAUUGGCGUCAUUUCUGUGCCGUUUAUUAUAACAAUACAUCAGGAUUCGAAGUUGUUCAUGGCCUCUUAGAUCGUCUGAUGGAGCUAUUAGAAACGAAACAAGACGAUAAAGAUGGCUAUCAAAUUAAACCUUCUGACAAUCCAACAUUCUUUCCUGGAAGGUGCGCUGAAGUAUUCCUAAGAGGAAAAUCAAUAGGCUUUUUUGGAAUUUUACAUCCCGAUGUUAUCAAAAAUUUCCAUUUAAGCAAACCAUGCUCAGCCCUGGAAAUAAACAUUGAACCUUUCUUAUAA